AUGCCGGAGGCCGUGCACUACAUCCACCUGCAGAACUUCAGCCGCUCCCUGCUGGAGACGCUCAACGGGCAGCGCGUGGCCGGCCAGUUCUGCGACGUCACCGUGCGCAUCCGGGAGGCCUCUCUGCGCGCCCACCGCUGCGUGCUGGCCGCCGGCAGCCCCUUCUUCCACGACAAGCUGCUGCUGGGCCACUCGGCCAUCGAGGUGCCGCCCGUGGUGCCCUCGGCCGCCGUGCGCCAGCUCGUCGAGUUCCUGUACAGCGGCAGCCUGGUGGUGGCCCAGUCCGAGGCGCUGCACAUCCUCACGGCCGCCUCGGUGCUGCAGAUCAAGACGGUCAUCGACGAGUGCACGCAGAUCAUCUCGCAGGGCCGCGGCCCCGCCGCGCUGCCCGCUCCGCACAAGGCGCCGGGGCCGCCGCUGGUGCCGCCGCCGCCGCCGCCGCCGGAGCUCGAGGGGCUCUCGGAGCCGGCGCCGAGCGGCCACAGCCGCAAACAGCGGCAGCCGCUGCGCCUGGCGCCGCCGCUCAAGGAGGAGCGCGAGGACCUGGAGGAGGAGGAGGAGGAGGAGGAGGAGGAAGGAGAGGAUGAAGGGGGGCCGCCAGAAGGGGUUGUGCCGCCGGGCGUGGCCCCCCCGCCCUUCCCAGCCCCGGACCCGCCGUUUUUCGGCGCCCCCGAGGUUUUCCCCGACGCUUUCCUGCCGCCCUGGCCCGGUGAUGACGGCAGAGGCGGCGGCGCCUUCGGGCCCGAGCGCGGCCGGGAGGCGCCGGGGGGCGACGGGUUCGGGUUUGGGGCGCCCCCGCCUUUGCCACCGCCCUACGAGGGGGGUGUGGAGGGGGGCGCUGUGCCCACGGCACCGCCGGCACCGCUGGCCGGGCCCCCCCGGGGCCCCCAGCCCCCCUACCAGUGCGGGCACUGCCAGAAGAGCUUCAGCUCCCGCAAGAACUACACCAAGCACAUGUUCAUCCACUCAGGUGAGAAGCCCCACCAGUGCUCCAUCUGCUGGCGCUCCUUCUCGCUGCGGGACUACCUGCUCAAGCACAUGGUGACCCACACGGGCGUCCGCGCCUUCCAGUGCGCCGUGUGCUGCAAGCGCUUCACGCAGAAGAGCUCGCUCAACGUCCACAUGCGCACGCACCGCCCCGAGCGCUUCCAGUGCCGCCUCUGCACCAAGGGCUUCUCCCACCGCACCCUCCUGGAGCGCCACGCCGCCGCCUCCCACCCCGUGGCCCCGCCAGGGCCACCGCUGGGGCCGCCAGCGGGGCCGACACCGGGGAUGUCACCGGGGGCACCAUCGGGGCCACCAUCAGGGCUGACACCUGGGCCACCAUCAGGGCUUCCACCGGGGCCACCAUCGGGGCUGCCAGCGGGGCCACCACUGGGUCCACCAUCAGGGCUGCCAGCGGGGCCACCAUCAGGGCUGCCACCUGGGCCACCACUGGGACCACCACCGGGGCUGCCACCUGGGCCACCACUGGGACCGCCACCUGGGCCACCACAAGGGUUGCCCCCAGGGCCACCGCCGGGGCCGCCGCUGGAACCUGGACUGGGCACGUGGCCCGGGCCAGACGCUGCGGGUGCUGGCCCCGCUCACACGGCGUGA